UAGGAGAUGGCCCGGUUUUGAGUAUUGAAAAAUAGCAUGCUGCCUAUAUAUGCUGGGGACAGGUUGGUUAUCCCGGUCUGGUGAGCCGUUUGGGCGCCUGAGUAAAAGAUAAAAAAAAUUUAAAAAAUGGUUAAUUCUUCGAAUAUCGAUGAAGUUGACCCGAAACGGGGAAAGUUGACACGAAUAUGGCUGAAGUUGUUCCGAGCACCGGAAAGGGAAGUUGACCCGAAAAUAGAGAAGUUGACCCGAACAUGUAUUGAAGGUGUAUUGAAGGUUAUCAGAGGAUUUGCAGAGUUACCAGAGGAUUUGGAGUGAUAUCGGGGGAAUAAUUUCAGAUCUACAUAUAUUUAAAAUUUUGAAUUUUUAUUAUUUAGCUGAAAUGAAGGAGAUUGAAAAGAUUUUAAAUGAAAUAAAAUUGUUAGAUAAAGGAAAGAAAAAUAAAUCUAUUAAAAAUAGAAAUUCAUCCAAAAAUAAACAAAAUAAAACUGAGCAAAUAUUUAAAGGCAAAAAUAAAAUAAUUGAAGAAACUGAAGAGGAAAAUAAUAAAAAUUUAUUUAAUGAAGAUAAAAAGCUGGAAGAAAUUAAAUACAUUUUGAAUCUAGAAGGGGUGGUUGAAAAAAUAAUGAGAGAGAAGAAUUCAUUUAUUAAAAAUGAUGAAGAUAUAGAAGAAGAUUGGAAGAUAAAUUUAGGUAGGAAUGAAAUGAAGAGAAGAAGAAUGAAAGAAAAGGAAGAGAAGAGAAAUACAAAAGAAGAAAAACAAAAAAUAUCAGAGGAAGAGGACGAAGAUGAUGAAGAAUUUAAUGUUUUUCCAAUAGAGCAUUCUUGGAAUAAUCAUUUAAAGUUAGAUCAUCAUAAAUAUUUUUUUGAUGGUAAGAGGGGAAAAAAUAAAUUAAACUUUGAGGAAAAAGAAUUAAAAAUUGAGGAAGGGAAGCAAAAUGAGAUUUUCAAGGAAAAGGAUGCAAAAAUUGAAGACAGCAAGCUAAACGAGCUUUUCAAGGAGGAGGAAGCAAAAAAUAAUUUAUCAGACUUUUCUCCAUUUUAUCCAAAAAUAUUUUUGGAUAACAAUAAAUUGGACGAAUUAUAUAUUGAAUUAGAUAAUUCAAAUAAUAAGGAUAAUGGAAGUAUAUUUAAAUUGUUAAAUGUUGCUGUCAUUGUUGAGGAAAUUAAAAAUAGAAUUGAAUACAUUAAAAAAAUAAAACUGAAAUCUAUAACUUCAAUUAGUAUAGGAAGUGUUGAAGGUAAUAUAUUUUGA